AUGCCACCUCCCCCAGGGAGGACGUCACGGGGACGGGACCCCCGGGAAGAGGGAGAGGGGCCUCCCCUGCAGAGAGGCCCUCCCAUCACACCGCUAGACGCGAGGACGUCACGGGGAGGGGACCCCCGGGAAGAGGGAGAGGGGCCUCCCCUGCAGAGAGGCCCUCCCACCACACCGCUAGACGGCCUGAUGGUCCCCGCACAGGCCGUCGAUCUGAACGCAUGUGGCCCGAAGAGCGGAGCGGAAUUCUUUCUGGUGCUGCUGAUGACGACGGAGACGAAGAAGACGAAGAGUUGCAGCUGGAACUACGAAAUGGCAUGUUGGUGA